CUCUCGGAACAAAGGGGAAAGCGGGGUGCGUGGACAGCCGAGCGGUCGCGAAGGAAGAGGGGAGGGACCAAGGACUCAGGAACGCGUCUUCAGCUUUCUUGAGGUCCUCCGCACCUUCUGACCGAGGAAAGAUGGUCAACGUCUUGAAAGGAGUGCUUAUAGAAUGUGACCCCGCCAUGAAGCAGUUUCUGCUGUACUUGGAUGAAUCAAACGCCCUAGGAAAGAAGUUCAUCAUUCAAGACAUUGAUGACACGCAUGUCUUCGUAAUAGCAGAAUUGGUUAAUGUCCUCCAGGAGCGUGUAGGGGAAUUAAUGGACCAGAAUGCUUUCUCUCUUACCCAGAAGUGAAAAUAUGAGAUAGUGACCAGAAUCUAGGAGUUACGAGACACCUAUGUGAGAGGUCGUGACCAUUGUGGCCUGUGGACUGCGUAGAUUUAGCGAGUUGCCUGGAGCUUGUACCCGAAAGACCAGCUUCCUUCAAUGUAUGUACCCCAGAAUUUAAGGGGGGGCUUAACAGUUGGCUGUAACUUGUUUUUUAUUAUCCUUUAUUAAAAUAUUAUUAAA